AUGGACCACCCCGUCAGCCAGUUAGAAGACGCCCAGAUGCAAAUCGAGCAGAGUCACACCCCUUUCGGCGCCUUCAUUAGCCAAGGUUCAACCGUCUUAUAUGAUAACCCAUCCACACCCCAAGCAAAGACCCUGAGUCCAACCAGCCCAAACAGAGAAUUACUUGGUCCGGCUACUCCAGUUCAGUCGUAUGGGCAAGCAAGAGCCAAAAAGUUGCAACAAAACGCUCGCGAAGCGAGAUGGAUUGCUCGCAAUAGCGCCAAUGAACCCCCAAGUCCGGCAACUCUCAAUUCGUUGCACAUGACCAGAGGCGGCAUUGGGAAAAAGACGUCCAAAAAGUGGAAAAGCAGGGCCACAGACUCAAAGCUCUCCAUAGAGUUGGACCGCCUUCUUGUUGGCAACGAUGUAUCCGCUACCUCGAUACAGCAAUCCCACGCUAUAUACCGCAUCCAGCACCCCCUUCGAGCAGUGCUUCAUAGCCUUCCGGGUUUCACCUACGAUAACGAGCUGGACAGCGUCACGUUUAGGAAGCAUAAACGUGUUCUGUUCGGGAUCGAAGGCCUCAUCGAGGAAGGUGGAAGAGACGCUGCCAAGGAAUGGCUCGAGGGCUUCCUUCUGCUUACGUUCGAGACAAUGACCAAGGUCUUGAAGAGCUAUCCCCUAUGCAAAGAGCUAGACGAUGUCCCCAAUGGAUUCUUGAUUUUGGCCAGGGAUGUGGAGGUGGCCGUCUGUAAACUGCCCUGCCAGUCUGUCAUGAGACCCCGACGAGCCAUGGAGAGGCGGCUAUGCCAGAGUUACGACUUGAGGAGGCUAGUAGAGUGGACUUUGGCAGCACGUCGACGUUUUCUGGAGUCAAAACCUAGAAUCAUGCCUGGGUUCGGUAAAUUUGGGCAGGUCGCAGCGGAGAAGGGAACUGCUUUGGAAGAGCAAUUGUGGGCUGUCGUCGAUGCCCGGAGGACUGAUACGGUGGACUCGAACGACCUCAUUAGGUCAUAG